CCCUAUCAUUGAAGUAUUUGUUACGACAACUACAUGCCUCGAGUUCCAUACGUCCUCCCGAAGCGCGGGGAAUCGGCUAUCGCGGACAGUAUUAGGCUCCGGCGAAAGGGCGAGGAACUGACCGAAUUGGAUGGCGUACUCCUCAACGCUCCAACGAUCGCAGAAGGUUACAAUGCGCUCUUAAAGGCGGUUCGUACAUCAAGCAGCUUACCAGAUGACAUCAGGGAAUUGAUAAUUCUGCGUGUAGCAGCCUUGAAUUCUGCAUCCUACGAAUGGAUCCAACACGAGCCAAUCGCGCGGAAGGCGGGGCUAAGCACGUCUCAGCUCUUGCUUGUCAGAGACAUAUCCGUUGUUCCCGCAUUGCUCGAACAUUUGAACGCUGACGCAGCUACGGGAUUGUCGCCAUUGCACGCUGCAGCCAUGGUCUAUACCGAUUAUGUAACACGAUUUGUGGAGAUUCCGCAAUCCGUUUUCAACAAUUUGCGAUCCAAGUUAGAAAAUGACCAGCAGAUGCUCGAACUGACUACAACCGCAGCAGCAUAUAACAUGGUGUCCAGAAUUCUAGUGGCUUUGGACGUUGGAGAUAAGGCUGAAGAGAAGGUUCCGGUUCCUCACUAAGACUCGUAAAGAAGCAAAAAGAUCGGUUGGAAGUGGACGUAUUUGGUGAUGAUUGUCAAUCAAUAAAUAUACGAAGUACACGGAAAUAAAUCGCUGCCCUCU